AUGAGUCAUCAACCAGAAUUUCAUAUGGACAUCCCCCCUUAUGUGUGUAGUAAUGUUUCAACUAACAACACUAACACACCGUCCAAUUUACAAGAAAAUCUCAACAUCAAUAACGUUCACCCAAUUCCUAUGUAUCCAUUAACAUCAACACCACGUUAUGACGUGCAACCACCCAUAUUAGAUUUAUCAGCUCCGCCACCUUGUGAAAACUGCAAUUUAGUUUUUGCUAAGUUGCCUACGUAUGAAGAAGUUCAAAUAGAAAAACUUUUGGGAGGUGAGAAGAUGUCUCCAAGAUUUCCAGAAAGAAUCAUUAAACCACCUACUAUUGGAGCGAAUUUACAGGAGACACCAGCACAAACAUUGACUGUUUUAACCACUGUUACCGCUCCAAACCCUUGUGAAAAUGACACUAAUUUACUCGGCACGGACUAUAUGUAUCUGACAGCAUUUAUGAUGACAUUGAUUUUCGAUUGGGUUGGUUUCCUGCUAGCAAUGUGCCUUGGUCAAACUGUCGCUGUUCGUUACGGAGCGUUCACAGGAUUCGGUCUGGCGUUGGCCAAAUGGACAAUAAUAGUGAAUAUUAACAACGAGUUAGCGGGUACGAAGAACCGGACAAUCACGUGGAUGUGCUGGUUAUUAUGGUCACUCGGCCUGGUAGUCAGUAUUCGCUUUCUCAUACAGUACAAGAAAAUCAAACGGUAUUGGCGAUUAUUUAGUGAACUCGACCGGGAGCGCUUGUUAUAUUCGCAUUGA